AUGUCUAACUGGUGUUAUCAAAACCAGAAUGCCUGUGAUGACCCAUGCAGAGACCCCAACCACUGGGCUACUCAAUUCCCUAAAUGUGGAGGGUUACGCCAGUCACCGAUUAACAUUGUGACCAGCAAAGUCCACAUCGACAUCGCCCUGUCACCUUUCAACUUCAUUGGCCACACCGACACAAUCAACAUGACAGUGGAAAACAAAGGGCACUCUGCCCACUUUGCUUUGCCGCCGUCUGUUCGAUUCAUUGGGGGAGCUCUGCCAGGUCACUACAGAGCCGCCCAAUUUCACCUCCACUGGGGAGGGAAUGGGAGACCAGGAUCAGAGCACACCAUUGACGGAGAGAGAUUCCCCAUGGAGAUGCACAUAGUCCACAUUAAGGAGCCGUACAGCUCUCUGGCGGAGGCCGAACAUGACACAGCAGGUAUAGCUCUGCUCGCCUUCCUGUUUGAGGAAACAGCGGAUGAUCAUCCUCAUUUGGACACAGUAAUAGAUGCGCUGGGCCGAGUACAAAACAACGGCAGCACCACAGUGAUCCCAAACUUUAGACUCGGUGACAUUAUUCCAGCUGCAAAGGACCUACAAGGUUACUACCGCUACGUGGGCUCCAUGACAACACCGGGAUGUGAGCAGGCAGUUGCCUGGACAGUGUUUCACAGGAAGCUGGCCAUCAGUAGUCGACAGCUGGAUGCGAUAGUUAAGCAGUGUCGCUUUUGGACAGGGCAGCCCAUGACUGACAUUUUCCGACCUACGCAGCCGCUGGAUGGCAGGAUUGUGUACUCCUCAAAGUCGGGUACAGCUCAGACAACUGCGACACAUUUUUGGUGUCUGUUUUUAUCAUUUGUGACUGUUACGCUGGGUCUGGCACACUGAAUGAGUAGCAAGAAAUGGGCAUAGUCUUCAAGUCUGAACAGCAAAGCCAACGCACAAAGUCUUAAAUCUGCAUUUUUUUCUUAUGGCCAGCAGGGAGUGACUUCUCAAAGUCUGAU